AAUAAAAAAAAUAAAAAAAUACAAAAAUGGGAUUAAGUAGAGACGAACUUAUUUAUAUGUCAAAAAUUGCUGAAUAAACUGAAAGAUUUGAAGACAUGUUAGAUUACAUGAAACAAGUAGUAUUAACUGGACAAGACCUAUCAGUAGAAGAAAGAAACCUUUUAUCAGUAGCCUACAAAAACACUGUAGGAUCUCGAAGAUCUGCAUGGAGAAGUAUUUCUGCAAUAUAAUAGAAGGAAGAAUAGAAAGGAUCUAAGCAUUUAAAUUUAUUGACAAAUUAAAAGAAAAAAAUCGAAACUGAAUUAAACAAAUAUUGUAAUGAUAUCCUUGAAUUAUUAACAUCUCAUUUAGUUAAAAAUUCAUAAAAUUCUGAAGCUAAAGUUUUCUUCUUAAAAAUGAAAGGUGAUUAUUAUAGAUAUAUUGCAGAAUACGCAACUGGUGAUGACCACAAAAAAGCCUCUGAUGGUGCUUUGGAAAGUUAUAGUAAAGCUUCUGAAAUUGCUUCUGGUGAACUUUCUACUACACAUCCUAUUAGAUUGGGACUUGCUUUGAACUUUUCUGUUUUCCAUUACGAAGUCUUAAACGACCCUUCUAAAGCUUGCAAUUUAGCUAAAACAGCUUUUGAUGAAGCUAUUGGAGAUAUUGAAAGUAUUUAAGAAGAUUAGUACAAAGAUGCUACCACAAUUAUGUAGUUAAUUAGAGAUAAUUUAACUUUAUGGACUUCUGAAUUCUAAGAUGAUGCUGAAGAAUAAUAAUGAUGAUAUUUAGUCUCUCUCAUUUUUUUUUUUUCCUUUUUCAUCUUUUUUUUAAGAAGUUUGGUUUUUUUUUUUUUAAUUAAGAGUUUUUAUGAAAGAUUCUUUUUUAUAAGAAAAAAAUGCUUGCUGGUUUGGAAAAGGAAAAAAUUUAAAUAUAUAUAUACAUUUAUAUAAUAUAUAUAUCUUAUAAAUUUAUAUAUAUUUAAUAUAUAUUAUAUAUUAAAAAUAUUUUUAAUUAUUAUUUUUUAUUAAAAUUCUUUUUCAAUUUUUUU